AUGUCGGCCAAGAGGGCAGAACUGAGGAAAACAAACCCGAGCAAGAACUACAAGACAGUUUGCCUGGAAUUGAAGCCAGAGCCAACCAAAACAUAUGAUUACAAAAGAGCGAAACCAGGAGAGCCAUUUGCCAAAGCAGGAAUGACACAGGAGCUGAAGAAUGAACUCAGGGAGGUGAGGGAAGAGCUCAAGGAAAAAAUGGAGGAGAUAAAACAGAUAAAGGAUAUAAUGGACAAGGAUUUUGAUAAACUUCAUGAAUUCGUGGAAAUUAUGAAGGAAAUGCAGAAGGAUAUGGAUGAGAAGAUGGACGUUCUUAUAAAUAUUCAGAACAACAAGCUUCCCCUUAGAAGAGGAUCAAAGGAGCAGCUGAAACUCAGGCUGAUGGGAAAGACUGACACAGACCUGCAGCUCAGGCCCAAGAAAGUGGACGGAGCUGAUGGAGUACCAUUAGCUCAUCACAAGAAGACGUUGGCACCACCAAAACCAAAAAAGGACCCACUGGAUUCCCUUCAUCAAUGUAAUACCUGCUGUGAGAAAUGUUUGUUGUGUGCCCUAAAGAACAACUGCAAUCAGGGCAGGAAACUUCCACACCAGGUCUGGGCACCUUUUUCACCCUUGGCUUCUGGAGCUGCCUUGUCCCAGGUCAAAUCAUGGGAGGCCUCUGAAGAUACUGGCCUCCGGUCCGCGUGGUCCCAGGAGGGUCUUUACAAAGGUGGGGAUAUGCCAGUGACCCCCCGCCCCAGCCUCCCACUGGUGCACUCCGUGCCUGCCCCAAAUCCCCUGAGGGAAGACGAAGCUUGA